AUAACGAAUGGAGCUAACAUGAGUGGGCAGAGUGCCAGUGGCUAUAUAUAUAUAUACAAGUGGGUUAUGGGCUUCUAUGCUUCGCAAAAGGAUAUACAUAAUAAGAAUCACAGUUAUGGCUUUCAAGACUUGGAUCUACGACCAAAUCCAAGAACCCCUUUUUUCCAACAUUCACCUAUGGCUACUCUUUACAAUCACCGUCUUCUUCGUCUUCAACCACACAAAGAAAUCCAAACCCAAUUCAAUGAACCUUCCUCCAUCACCACCAAAACUACCCUUCAUCAGAAACCUCCUCCAGCUCGGCACACUCCCACACCUUUCUCUUCUAAACCUCUCCAAAACUUACGGCGACAUCAUGAUGCUACAAUUGGGUCAAAGACCCAACCCAACUCUGGUAGUUUCAUCCGCCGAACUUGCAAAAGAGAUAGCCAAAAACUACGACCUAGUUUUCUCAAACCGGCCACAAAACACGGCCACGAAGAUCUUGUUGUACGGCGCCACCGACGUCGGGUUCGGGCUCUACGGAGACGACUGGAGGCAGAAGAGGAAGAUAUGCGUGCUUCAGCUUCUUAGCACGAGAAGAGUGCAAUCAUUCAGAGCGAUCCGAGAAGAGGAAGUUGAAGAGAUGGUGAGGGUGUUGGUGAGAGCGAGUUCAAACGAGGAAGCGGUGAACUUGGGGGAGAUGGUGGUUUCGAGUUCGAACAACAUAGUUUGUAAGUGCGCGUUGGGAAGAAAGUACGGAGAAGAAGGUGGGAUUCAAGAUUUGGCGAGGAGAGUGAUGAUUUAUUUGACGGCGUUUACGGUGGGGGAUUAUUUUCCGGCAUUGGGUUGGGUUGAUGUGGUUAGUGGAAAGAUUGGGAGGUAUAGAGAGACUUUUAGAACGUUGGAUGGAUUGUUUGAUAAGGUUAUUGAAGAGCAUAAAAUGGCAAAGAAGGAAGAAAGUGAUGGUGAUGGUAGUAAUAAUAAGAAGGAUUUGGUGGAUGUACUACUUGGAAUUCAAGAAGAUGCAGCUAUGGUUGAUGGGGAGUAUAAGCUUACCAACAAUGACAUUAAAUCACUUCUCAUGGACAUGUUUGUAGCGGGCACGGACACAACUUCAGCAACUAUAGAAUGGGCAAUGACAAGACUUGUGCAAAAUCCAGAAAUUAUGAAGAAAAUUCAAGAAGAAGUGAGAAGGGUUGUGAGAUGUAACAAUUCAUCAAAAGUGGAAGAAAACCACAUCAACCAAAUGCAAUACUUCAAGUGUGUAGUGAAGGAGACUCUACGGUUGCACCCACCUUGCACCGUUUUGCCUCCACGAGAGACAAUGGCUCAUGUCAAACUCAAUGGAUUCGAUAUUCCAGCAAAAACAAUGGUACCACCUAACCUAAUUAUUCAUUCUCUACACAUUUUCUUUUUAACUUUGUUUCAUCAGGUCAUGACAUUGAUAUGA